CAUAAAUGGGUAAUUAAGUUGACCGGAGUAUAUACGUAGAACUGUAGAACACUUCCCUUCUACGCUCUUUUCCUUCUAGGAAUCGAUCGGUGAGCUCGUGUGCGGCAAAUUCCUCUCCAUCAAAUCGUCUCCUUCCAGCGGAAAAUCAGCUGUGAUUGGAGGUCUAGCGGCACUUGAUGUGAUCAAUCCAAAGCUUCUGCUUUGCGAAUCGAGUUCUUCAGAAAAUAAGGGAGCUCUCUCGCCGGUUUACAAGCGUUAUGGCAUGAUAUUGAUGCUGAUGAAUAUCACAGUUUCGUCCAGGGGAGAUUACCUUACCAUUUGAUUGAACCAGACUUAUUUGAGAAACCUGUUGCUGGCAAUCCAUCAACGCAAAAUUGUUUUUACGAAUUCAGAUAGAGUUCACGUCGUGAAAGUGAAUGUUCUUCCAAAACUAUUCACCCUUUGUAGAAGAUCAAUCCGACCAUUGAAUGUUGGAGUGUUUUGAUUCGUGUGAUGCUACUAUAUACGUUGCCGGUGUACAAUGAUGACAAGGUGGCAAAUUCAAUCGAGAUAAUAUUCAUGGACGAACGCGUUGCUGCCAAACACUGAGUAUGACCUUAUAUGUUCCAAGAUGCUGCCAGUGUUUUCUGUAAAAACAUGGUGAUAGCUUAUAUGAGUAAGUACUUCAUUGAUAAUGCUUGUGUGUGCUUUUUAACCUUCAAUUGAGGCCAAGUCUAUGCUGAAUUUUGUUUCCACGAACUAUGUUAUUGCUAAUAGUCUGAACUCUGUUUUGCUUACUACUAAUUACAUGCACCUUUGUAGACGGUUCUACAAUACUACAAGUUUGUAGCCCUGUUGUAUAUUCUAAUAAAGAAGUGACUUUGACGAUAAGUAAAAAUAUCAGGUGAAGGUAUGGUCUCUAAUUGGUAUCUCCUGUUGUGUGAUGUGACCCCAGAUCCUAUACACGAUGUUAAUGUCCACGCCGUCGCUAUGGACGAAGAAUAUGAUGUCAUCGUUCUCGGCACGGGCCUCAAAGAAUGCAUCAUCAGCGGCCUCCUCUCCGUCGACGGACUCAAGGUAUUGCACAUGGAUAAAAAUGACUACUACGGAGGAGAGUCCAGUUCUCUUAACUUAAUCCAGCUUUGGAAGCGGUUUAGAGGAAAUGAUAAAGCUCCUGAGAGCUUAGGCGCUAGCAAAGAGUACAAUGUCGACAUGAUUCAUAAAUUCAUGAUGGCAAAUGGAGCUUUAGUGAGAGUACUUAUUCACACUAAUGUUACCAAAUAUCUCAACUUCAAAGCAGUUGAGGGUAGCUUUGUUUACAACAAAGGAAAGAUCUACAAAGUACCGGCAACAGAUGUAGAAGCGUUGAAAUCGUCAUUAAUGGGGUUGUUCGAGAAGCGCCGUGCCAGGAAGUUCUUUCUUUAUGUCCAAGAUUUUGACGAGACGGACCCAAAGACUCACCAUGGAAUGGACCUCAACAAUGUCACUGCUAGAGACUUCAUUGCGAAAUAUGAACUUGAAGAGGACACAAUUGAUUUUAUUGGUCAUGCAUUGGCUCUUCAGCCCGAUGAUGCUUAUUUAGACCAACCUGCAAUGGAGUUUGUCAAGAAAGUCAAGUUAUAUGCAGAGUCUUUAGCUCGCUUCCAAGCAGGAUCUCCAUAUAUAUACCCAAUGUAUGGACUUGGGGAAUUGCCUCAGGGAUUUGCACGCCUUAGUGCAGUUUAUGGUGGAACAUACAUGCUUAACAAACCCGAGUGUAAGGUGGAAUUUGAUGAAAGCGGCAAAGCUUAUGGUGUGACAUCCGAAGGAGAAACAGCUAAGUGCAAGAAAGUUGUUUGUGAUCCAUCAUAUUUAACCAAUAAGGUCCAAAAGGUUGGAAAAGUUGCUAGAGCAAUCUGCACAAUGAGCCAUCCAAUCCCCAACACAAAUGACUCCCAUUCUGCUCAAGUCAUCUUGCCACAAAAACAACUCGGUCGUAAAUCAGACAUGUACUUGUUCUGCUGCUCCUAUUCUCACAACAUUGCUCCCAAGGGAAAAUAUAUAGCCUUCGUUCUCACCGAAGCCGAAACCGACGAUCCAGAAACAGAACUGAAGCCGGGUGUCGACUUGCUCGGAGCCGUAGAUGAAAUAUUCUAUGAAACUUGUGACAGAUACAUGCCUGUAAAUGACUCUGCGGCAGAUAAUUGCUUCAUAUCUACUAGCUAUGAUGCAUCAACACACUUUGAGUCCACUGUACAAGAUGUGCUAGACAUGUAUACUAAAAUUACUGGAAAGGCGGUUGAUUUGUCAGUGGAUCUGAGUGCUGCAAGUGCUGGUGGUGCAAAUGAAGAUCAGCAGUAGAUUUUCUUUUUCAAAUGAUCAAAACAAGUUAAAGUUACAUUGAAUUUUUCAUCGCCAUUGUUUAUUGCUUUGGGGUAGUAAUUAGCAGCUCUUGAAAUGUUGCCAUUAUUUUUCUUAAGACAUGCCUUUUUCAUUAUAAACAUUCAAUAUGUAA